UAGCGCCGAGGGGCUACACAUUGCGAUCGCUUCGCCCGCCGCGGGCACGCUCUCGUGGCACGCUCUCGUGACACCCUCCGAGCUCGAGAAGACGAUCGAACGCCUUUCACAGACAGCUUCAUCGCGCUGCUCGUCAUCAAGGCACCCGUAUCUAUAGCGUUCGUCCAUGAAGCCAAGCGAGGCUCCUCCGCCGGCUUCUGGCACGCAGGCGAAGGAGGCAAAGGCCGUGAAGGAGAAAACUGGUUCCAGGAAGGGACCCAAGCGGGACGCGUUACCGGCCCGCCACUUGAAGCAGCCCGGAGCCUCCGGUGGACGAGAUGUCACCCAGAAGCCCCGGCCGGAAGGUCACGAAAAAUCAGUCUUGAGUCCCGCGGUACCACAGCCAGACGCCAAAGUUCACACCAUCCGGCCACCGUCCCGCCACGGAAGCAAGAGCUCCAAAGCGCCGAAUGUCACGGAAGCUGCGGCCACUGGGCAUAACCGACGUGAGGGUCGCGUCACCGGCACUCACCGUGCCGCCGCCGAAGGCGCAGCCGUGGCCUCGUUGCCGGCGUCGCAGGCCGGCAACGCUGGUGUGGCCAGCACGGUGUCGCCCAAUAGCCCGGUUUCGUUGCCGGUGCCACAGGCCCGCCACUCGUUCGGGGCCAGCGACCAGCCCAGUAGUCCGCCCGAACACAAGUCUCCCCUGAUAAGCGGAAACAUCGUGGCCUUCCCCAUGGAGGCGGUCGUCAAUCCACCCCAUUUGCCCGGCGAUAAAAUCGCCGAGGAGGGCCCGAAGCCGCCCCCGGUAAGGCUUGCGGGCCGUCGGCGGUGUCGUGACGAACACGCUUAGUUGUCCUCGCCAUAUCGGCAAAACUGAACAACAUUGUCCGCUCAUACUAUACGUACUUCUCUGGAAGGUGACCCGGGAAACGCUUGAUUCUUGUGGCCUCUCAUUCAACCCCGGGUUAGUUCGCAUGAUACGAGGGGGAAGCGCGCACGGACAAUUCUGCCAGACGCGAGCCGCGACCCUUUGUCCCCAGAGCAAAGAAAAACAACAACAACCACAACGCAAGCCAGUUAUUUUUGUUUCGACACUUCUGGAUGCCAAUGAUUCACCGGAAGAUAUCCUGACUGGAUCCACUGCUGGGCUAAAAGCUACAAAGAAACGCUUGACAGGGCCUAGGAGAACGAUAUAUGGCAACGUGACAGGAAAACUGAUCACAGAGAUGAAUGAUGAAACCUCAUAUACACAAAAUAUAUAAGUUAAUUGCGCAAUAGUAGCCAUAUCUAACACGUCUUAAUAAAUAUCUGCCUGCUCUUUUUUUUCUGCUGUUUACCUCUAUGUAUUGAAUGUAUUAUAAAUUGUAUUUUUUACUUCCCUGA